AUGCGUGGCCGGAAUGAUGAUGAAGGCUGUGAGACAUGCGUUGGCGCCGGACAGCUGGAGGGGUUUUUCAACAAUUCCUCGCUGGAGUCUGAGAGACGGGGCUGGGGCCACUUGGUGUCUACCUAUUUCCAAGGCACUUUGUUCUUUCACCUUCAAAGAAGUCCAGCGUUGCGGGGAGUUGAAUGGGCGCGAGAUGAUGUGGUGUUCUUCGAGGUGAUGGAAAUCAAUGGGAGGUAUGAGGCUGUCAAGAUGUUACUGCCCAGCAUGAUGGAGACCCAGCUGGGGUCGGAGUGCAAGGCUGAAGCUGACAUUGAGCAGUUCGAAGGUCAACGAAUUCAAGGGAAUUUGCGCAGCCAGUGGCAGCUGGUGAAGGAAAAGAAGUGGGGAUUCGUUUCUUGCAAUGAUCUCUUUGCGGGAAAUGUGUUUUGGCAUUUGGACGAAAAUCCCAAGAUGAAGGAUGUGAAAUUCCAACGCGGCGAUGUAGUGGAGUUUGAAGUCUACAGGGAUGACAGUCGAGGAGAGAAGUCCCAGUCUCGAGCCCGAAAUAUGGAGUUUAUCCACGCUGCGGAGACUCAGAAGGGGGAGCAGAAACUGCGGGAGUUCUCAAAAUACUUGAGCCCCAGCAAGCUGCUGAAGAAGCAAAAAUGGAUUGACAACUGGCGUGCCGGGCCUCCACCCGAUUGGACUUGCAAAGGUUGUGGAUAUCACAACUUUGGCCGCAACAAGAUUUGCAAGACGUGCGACACCAAAAGACCUCCUCGGGAAGAAUGGCCAGAAGAAAAGGAUGAAGAGCUUCAAAAGGCCGUGGCACCCAACAUCCCCUUGCUGCCUGCAGCGUUUCAGGCGAACUUACCUGUACAGUUUCAAUCCUUCGCUCAGAAACCAUUGGAAGUGAGACGGAACUUUGUGGAGGAGCAUGCAUCAAAGAGCGACAAGGAGACGGAUAUGCUGCUAGAUGCCACAGCGCUGGGUAUCGGUGGUUUGGAGACGGAUAUGAUGCUAGAUGCCACUGCACUUGGUACCACUGGCUUGCAGACGGAUACAUUCCUGGAUGCCACUGCACUUGGUACCACUGGCUUGCAGACGGAUAUGAUGCUAGAUGCCACUGCACUUGGUACCACUGGCUUGCAGACGGAUACAUUCCUGGAUGCCACUGCACUUGGUACCACUGGCUUGCAGACGGAUACAUUCCUCGAUGCCACCACUGGCUUGCAGACGGAUACAUUCCUGGAUGCCACAGCGCUAGGUAUCGGUGGUUUGGAGACGGAUAUGAUGCUAGAUGCCACUGCACUUGGUAUCGGUGGUUUGGAGACGGAUAUGAUGCUAGAUGCCACUGCACUUGGUAUCGGUGGUUUGGAGACGGAUAUGAUGCUAGAUGCCACUGCACUUGGUACCACUGGCUUGCAGACGGAUACAUUCCUGGAUGCCACUGCACUUGGUACCACUGGCUUGCAGACGGAUACAUUCCUGGAUGCCACUGCACUUGGUACCACUGGCUUGCAGACGGAUACAUUCCUGGAUGCCACUGCACUUGGUACCACUGGCUGGCAGACAGGCGCAACACCAGAUGCCACUGAUUGGCACAGGGAUACAGCAUCUGGCUGGAACACAGAUGCAGCUGGCUGGAAGACGGAUGGCUCUGGGUGGAACAGGAACACUACGCAGAAUGCAAGUGGCUGGCAGGCAGAUGAGUGGCACAGGGAUACAACGCAUGCAAGUGGCUGGGAGAGAAAUUCAACCCCGGAUGCCAGUGGUUGGCGCAGUGAUGCAAACCAGCAUGCCUCUGCCUGGCAGACAGGUGCGAAUGCAACUGGCUGGCAGGAUGCCAAGGGCUGGCAGACGAACACCAUGGUAGACUACCUUUGCUAG